AUAGCCUAAUACUAGCAGAGUUCAAGUACGUAUAGACGAAAAUGCAAAAAUCAAAUAGUUUUAACGAAAAAUGUUCGGAAAACUACCGCUAUUUCUUUGAUAAAGAUUUAAUAAAGGGGAAAGUUGCCCUUAUUACAGGUGGGGGAUCCGGCAUAGGAUUCUCAAUUGCCGAAAUCUUCCUAAGGCACGGAUGUAACGUUGUAAUUGCUAGCAGAAAUUUGCAAAGGGUUCAGCUAGCAGCAGAAGAAUUGUCAAAAGUAAAGAGACCAAAUGCAAAAUGUUUAGGUCUUCAGCUAGACGUUAGAAAGCCAGAAAAUAUAGUUAAUUUAUAUGAAUCAAUCGCAAAUGAAUUUGGUAGAUUGGACGUUCUAGUAAACUGCGCUGCUGGAAAUUUCCUCAGCCCUAUUACAGGUCUUUCGCCAAAUGCUUAUAGAACUGUAUUAGAAAUUGACACCAUGGGUACAUUUUUAUGUAGCAAAUACGCUUUUGAGACUUUCUUUCAAAGACAGAAAAGUGGAGUUAUCUUAAAUAUUACAGCUACUCUAGACUAUAGGGGAACUCCUUUACAAGCUCACGCAGGUUCAGCUAAAGCUGCUAUCGAUGCACUUACAAGACAUAUGUCGGUUGAAUGGGGUAGUUCCAAUGUUAGGGUUGUUGGAAUUGCACCCGGAGCAACGGAUGGAACUGAAGGAUUAAGACGUUUAAGUAAUCCUGAAUAUUUAAAUACGAUGUUGAAUCAAAUUCCAUUGGGUCGUCUAGGAACACGUACCGAAAUAGCAAACGGUGCGCUCUUUCUAAUAUCAGAAAUUGCAGCCUACAUUACUGGAGCAACUUUGGUUUGCGAUGGUGGACAUUGGUUGACUAGUGCAUGGCAAGCAAAUUUAUAA